AUGGCUGUCCUGUGGCUGCUGCUGGUGGCAGGGCUGCCCACAUUCUUACUGGGAGUCUUUGUAUGGGUUGUUAUUCAGCACCUUCCCAGUGCAGAAAUGCCUUCCACCCUGAAGCAGCCCGCCAAGUUAUGGUUUAUGCAUUGCAUUAUCCAGUACCUGAUAGCUUUGGGGAACAUACUAGAGAAACUGAGAAUUUGUGCCAUGCCCAGGUUUUUACGGUUUCUCCAAGGCCUAAUGAUGAUAAAGAAGGAUCCUAAUGUGUUGGUGACUGACACACAUUUUGGAACAGUCCCUGUGAGGCUGUUCAAGCCCAAGGAAGUGUCUUCCAAACCCCACCGAGGCAUCAUCUUCUAUCAUGGAGGAGGUGCUAUGACUGGAAGCCUGGGUAAGGAGCUUCCAUUCGAGGUGGGAAGUAAGGUCUUCAUCAAAGGUAGAAUCUGGCACAUGUACCGCAAGCUUCCUGAUUACCAUCACCCUGUCCUUGCCAAAGAUUGCCUGAAUGCUUCCAUCUACUUCCUGAAGAACCUGGAAUCCUUUGGGGUGGACCCAUCCCAGGUGGUUCUCUGUGGAGAGAGUAUUGGAGGUUGGGCAGUGGCCAAUGUCAUGCAGAUCUUACCCAGCAUUCCCAGUCUACCCCAGAUCCAAGCUCAAGUCCUGAUUCAACCACUUGUGAAUUUGAUCAAUUUUCAGUUACCAUCACAUCAGCAGAGCAAAAAUGUGCCAAUCCUCACCAGAGACACACUGCUUAUGUUUAUGUGUAAAUACCUGGCCAUUGACCUCUCUUGGAAAGAUGCCAUGCUGUCAGGUGCUGUUAUACCGCUGGACAAGUGGAAGAAUUUCAGCAAAUGGCUCAGCUAUGACAACAUCCCCAGAAGGUUCUGGAGCCAAGAUCCACAACCGGAGUUUUUUGCACCUUUUAAUGAGGCUGCCUAUCUAGAAACCAAACAUGUUUGGAGUGCAGAAAUUUCACCUGUCCUAGCCGAUGACAAGAUUAUUGCUCAGCUCCCUAAGACAUUUCUGGUGAGCUGUGAGAAUGACAUCCUCCGGGAUGAUGCCUUGCUCUACAAGAAGCGCUUGGAAGACCAGGGGGUCCCUGUGAGCUGGUACCAUGUGGAAGAUGGCUUUCAUGGAUGCUUAAUAUUGUUUGAUAAGAAAUGUUUUUCUUUUCCUUGCUCCAUGAAAGUUGUAAAUGCUGUUGUAAGUUACAUAAAGAGCAUUUGA